CGAAACCUUAUCUGACUCCCGAGUCCCAAACCGAGCUAAGGCCGCAGGGCACCGGAAUCGAGCAGAAGGCAGCUCCGAGACAUGGCGGCCCUCUCCAUGGCGGCGCUCCCCCUCUCUUCAUCCCUCUCCAUCGUCAGCCGAGGAGGAAACCCUUCGGCGUCUCUCCCUACCUCUCUCUCCUUCCCCAAUCCCUCUUCUCCUCCCAAGCGCGGAGCCCUCACCAUCCGUUGCGUUCGAGUAGGGGGCGUGGAGAUCCCCAACAACAAGAGGGUGGAGUUCUCCCUCCAGUACAUCCAUGGCAUCGGCCGCUCGAAGUCCCGCCAGAUCCUCUUCGACAUAGGAAUGGAGAACAAGAUCACCAAGGACCUCACCGACGAGGAGCUCAUCUCUCUCCGUGAUGAAGUCUCUAAGUAUAUGAUCGAAGGAGACCUCAGACGUUUCAACAGGCUGGCUAUCGAGAGGUUGAAGGAGAUCAGGUGCUACCGCGGCAUUCGGCACGAGAUGGGGCUUCCCUGCAGAGGCCAGAGGACCAAGAACAACUGCCGCACGCUCAAGGGAAAGAGGGUCACCGUCGCUGGCAAGAAGAAGGCCAAGUGAUUCCCUGCUAUUUUUUUCCCCUCAAUGCUUUCAGAAUUGGCAUUAUGUCAAAUAGCUUGUUGUACAUUUAUGACAUGCUUUAGUUUAAGUUCCUGUUCUCUCCAUAAUUUGGAGUUAGACACCCAAUGCAUUACUGGACUUGGCCUUGCACAAUGGUUACAAAGGACUAGUUAAAUUGAUGCUUGAUGUGAAUUGGAAGUAAGCUAUAUAACAUGCUUAAGGUGAUGCUUAUAGGUGAUGUGUGUGUUAUUUGGCUAACAUGGGAUGAAGUUUGUGUGGAAUUGGUGUUUCAA